GCCGUGACUGUACUUGUAUUGAUCUUUGUGGGCCUCUCACAACCACUAUCUAACUCCCACAUACAAGCAGAGUCCAAAGUUAAAAGGCUCUCGGUGCAGCAAGGAAAAGCAGCAGCAAGAUGUCACUCAACUGGGCAAUGCUCGACCCGGCUAACAGCCAACCAAUCCCUCUCCCCGAGGAGGAAAUGAUCCUACACCUCUCAGGCGCCGAGUUCACCCUGCUGGUGCCAGAUGCGCCCCCACCCACUUCGGGCGCCCAGAGUGCGGGCGGCGCAGGUGGGAACCCAAAGAGGAGCGUGGCGACCGGAACGGUGUGGGUGUCGGAUCACAGGGUGAUCUUUGUUCCCAUUCAGGCCAAGGAUGUGCCGUAUCACUCCCUGUCACUCCCACACAACUCCAUCCUCUCAACCUCUUUCCAGCAACCUAUCUUCGGGUCCAACCAUGUCAUCCUUUCUAUUGCCCCUACGACCGGUGGUGGGCUCACACAGGGUACGAAGGCGGAGGUGCGGUUCAAGGACAGAGGUGUGUUCGAGUUUGUCAAAGUGCUGGAGGCUGCAAGGGAGAGAUCGAUUAACCGUGAGAGAGAAAGGGGCGAGGAAGGACUGCCGAUGUACGAAGCCCCACCCCCGCCUGUGGGAGCUUCCGGAACGGCACCGACGGGGAGCUCUCAUGCUGUGCAUGAGGACGCUCCUCCUGGGUACGAGCUGUAGACGUACAAUGUACCCGUAUGUAUCAUGUGAGAUCAGUGCUGUAGAAAUUGUCCAUCUUGAGCAUGAAUAGAG